AUGGGAAGGAUCGGAACGCAUCCAGCAACAUUUGUCGCUUCUUCCGCCUCCUCGUCACCUCAGAUGAACACCGGAAAACUGUAUAGCUCCGAUAGCGGUAAAGUCGUAGGCAGUGAAAGCCUUAUGGGACUGCGUGACAAUGGUGGACAAAGCAGCAAUAAUCCUCCAUCUGGUGCUGGAGCCAUCCUGGUCGCGAUAGUGGCCCUAAUAUGUGCUAUCAUUCUUGUCCUCCUUGGCAUCAUUGUCUAUUUGUGUGGGCGACGUGGCUUGGCUGUGUGGCGCAGCACGGGUUGCAUUCGACCUCUGACCUCGGGCAGUGACUCGUCGGGAGUGAGGCAGGUAGCGACUGUGGGGCACUCAGACGGCUACUUGACAGCCGAAAGUAUAGCGUCGGCGGCUACCGUUUCAGACAAUCUGGCUGACAGACGUCUACUGCGGUCGCCCACAGGUCUUAUCACUUCUGAGAGCGUUUAUCGUGAACUCCAUCCUGUACAUUGCUGCAGACAGCCUUGCCCAAUAACCAGUUUUGUACUUUCCCCCAGUGAAGUUGAGUCAAACGGUGGGCAGGCUGCAAAGCUAUCUUAUGGUUAUUUUACAGUGCCACAGACAAGCCUGUCUCAGACAUCUACCAGCAACAAUACUACUUCUACUUUUCUGCCAACCGCCUUCCUCCCGGUGACUCCUAUCUAUAGGUCACUCAAAGAAGGAACUGGAGAAGCUGCAUUCGAAGGAACUGUCGGCAUCAAUGACCGUUCUGAGAGGAGCGGAAGCGUACAAAUCCGCCUUAACUCCCCAUACAAUGGCCUGGCUACAAAAGGUAUUCGAAACAGCCUUGGAUGUGAUGUCGAGACAGUUCAGAACUGGCAAUGUCCACCAAUAUCGAGCUUCACGGCAGGCAGGCAGGAAUCCAAGGAAACAUCCGAUAUUGCACAACAUGAUUACGGCCCGCCUUGUAAAUCGAAAAGUGUCACACCUGGUCUACAGCAAAAGCAAAGCAUGUUGCACGGCUUGUAUAAAGGUUCUGCUGCAUCAUUGAGUGAAAUGGAUAUACUCCAGUUAAUUGCUCGAAUAAACUUGGAUAGGAAUGUGUUGAAUAAGUCUUUACUGCUUCCGGAGACUUUAGCAGAUGUUAAACCUACUGGAGAGAAAGAGAAGGCCAAUUCUAAAUCCGAUGCGACUAAUUUAGAUACUUAUUUAAAAGCUCUGUCUAUCCAGAUGCUGGGAAAUGGUCGAAACACAUUGCCUCUCGUUUGUAAUGGACAUAAGCAGAACCGUCGACUUCGAACUCAAGAACAUAAGCAGGUGCUGGCCACAAGCACAAGUGUCAGAAGGACACAAGGGGGCGAGAGAACAAAUGGCUCUUUGAGGAGCCAUGCAAAAGUUUCAAUUUCCGAUAGUUCUGGGUCGAGGGCAGCAACUGGCUCUGGCGCAGAAAGCGCUGAUUAUUCCCUUUCAAGUUUUGAUGUGGCUGGAUCUGAAAUUAAUUGUGAGUCUGAGCUGAGUCAUAUCAGUCAGCCGCUAGAGCAGGCAUUAAAGGAAGCUCGGAGGCUUGAGAUUCUUCAGGAUAUUAAAGAGACAUGGAAAAAUAAUCAAUUUUUAUUAAACUCAAGCAAAAAUGCUAAGGAACAAGAGCAAAAGCAUAAUUGGAACUUUGAUCUGGAUUUCAAAAGAUACGGUAAACAAGAAAAUAUCCCACUAGAUGGGACCAACUCAAAAAAGCGGGAUGACAAUAUAGCAGUAGUGAGUAAGACUAUCUAUUGA